UGUUGCGUUCCUAUUCAGGUUCUCUGGUGAUGAUUUUUGUUUCGGUCUUAACGUGAUGCAUCAGGAAGCAGACGAAGAAGAAACCUUGAAACAUCCAGUAGUUUUCUUCGACCUGGAGACAACCGGCCUGGGUCAGGACUCUGAGAUCAUCCAGCUGGCAGCGGUAAGCGGGGGUCAUUCACUCAACCUCUACGUCGUCCCCCGGUGUCGUAUUCAGCGAGGAGCAGCCAGAGUCACGGGCUUUAAGGUCCGGAAGCAGAGGCUCUUCCUCCAUCAUCGGCUCGUCUUCACCAACACCCUCAAAGAGGUGGUGGUGUCCUUCAUCACUUUCCUUCAAAUGCUCGGUCGCCCUCUGAUCGUCGGACAUAACAUCCGACGCUUCGACUGUCGGCUGCUGGCUCAGGCUCUGGACGACCUGAACCUGAGAGCUACGUUUCAGGCUUCGGCGUCGGGCUUUGUUGACACCCUGCCGCUGGCUCGGGAGCUGCUGAGGGACCACGGGCUGCAGAGUUUUGGCCAGGAGAACCUGGUCAGGGAGCUGCUGGGGAUAAACUACAAGGCCCAUGAUGCUUUGGAGGACGUGAGAGCUUUACAGACGCUCUAUAGUUUCCUUCAGCCGAGUCCAGACGUGCUCCGCAGGCAUACAUUUACUUUGGACUCUAUGGACAGCAAACCAGGUGUGCCAAGAAGCAAAAGGUAAAACCUCACAUCAGCUGCAAGGACGGCGCCCCCUGGUGGAGCAUUUCAAACAGAGGGAAGUCGAUGCAGAGAAACCUAAAAACUGGACUCCUUCCUUCAGCUGCCUCCCAGGCUGCUUGGUUGGAGCCACUGCAGCAGGUUUCUCCUGACAGUGGAACCAAACCGAACACACUGCAGCACUUUCAGCACAUCUCCCUGUUUUUGCAAAGAUGGUGGACAGUUUGAAUACCGUUAGAUAUUUAUUGUAUUGCUCAGAGAUGUUUGUUUACCACGAUGUUCAUCUAUUUAUGAGCCGAAGCAGUUUUAUGUACCCGAUUGUUUCAUAAAAAAAAUAAAUAAAUCUCCCUAAACUUGAAUAAGAAUAAAAAUUAGGUGAGAAUUUAAUAAAUUCUCCAACGAUCCAUGGUCGGCUUCUUCACUGUGAAACAUGCUGCUGGCAGCACCAGGCUGUGGGGACAAGGUCACCUUUAAUGAACUCAGACUGGGGCAGUUUCACCUUCUAGGUUAACUGAACGUAUAAUGAAAUAGCUUCAAGUGUUAGAUUGGCCUAGUCAAAGUUCAGGCCACACCAGUUAAGAAAAGGAGAAAAACUGUGAGCAAAGCUAACAGAUCUUCAACAAUUUGAAUGUUUCACCUUCCUUCCAUUUAUCCAUUACUGGUUGCUCUAAAACUUAAUGCUGUGGCUGU